UGUUAUAGCCAGACGCAAGUUGCGUUUUAGGUGUUGAUCAGCACUAUUAGCAUUUAGGAGGAAGUGGUCAAGAAGCAACUUCACAGCAGUGAUUAUUAUUACCUCGCAUUUCACAGCGGUAUGUACACAUAAUCACAGACUCGUUGUGACUGAACAGACAUUUGAGAAAUAAUUCAACGCUGGCAGACAUAAGUUAAACAACAUGGAAUGCAGACCCCCUGGAAGAAUGCUUUUUGUCGGAUUCUAGAAUGAUUUGAGUUCCGGUGGAUAUGUAACCCUGGGUGAUCCCCGGCUUACUUUACCUGCCUGGCGGGAGAUUGAAGACGUGCACGGCCCAUUAUUGUCUCUUCCCAACCGCGCUUCCCCCCGACGACCGAGGCACCAGGAUGGGAUCUCUGAGGGAGAUGCUGGCCUCCUGCUGCUCCUGUCGAACCCUGCAGGCCUUGCUCCCCAUUCUCACCUGGCUCCCCAAGUACAGGCUGAGCUGGCUGCAGAUGGACCUGGUGGCAGGGCUGACCGUGGGGCUGACCACCGUGCCACAGGCCCUAGCCUACGCCGAGGUGGCCGGACUGCCUGUACAGUACGGCCUUUACUCAGCGUUCAUGGGCGGCUUCAUCUACACGGUGCUGGGGACCUCCAAAGAUGUGACCCUGGGCCCCACCGCCAUCAUGUCCCUGCUGUGUGCCUCCUAUGUGGGGGGAAACCCAGUCCGAGCUGUCCUCCUCUGUAUGCUCUGUGGAGCCAUUCAGACCACCAUGGCCCUGCUGCGCAUGGGGUUCCUUCUGGACUUCAUCUCCUAUCCGGUUAUCAAAGGCUUCACCUGUGCUGCCGCGGUGACGAUAGGCUUUGGCCAAGUCAAGAACGUGUUGGGGCUGAAUAAUAUACCCAGGGGCUUCUUCUUGGAGCUGUACUACACCUUCUACAGGAUAUCUGAGGCCAGGACAGGAGACGUGGUUCUGGGUCUUCUGUGUCUGGCUGUGCUGGUGAUGUUGACGUGGAUGAAGAGGACCUUAAAUCCCCGGUCGGAGCAAGACACCACCGUGGCCAGGGUCGCUCACGGUCUGGUCUGGGGCACCGCCACCGUGCGUAAUGCGCUGGUUGUAGUGGCGGCGUCCUUGGUUGCGUUCUCAUGGAACGCGUUCGGCUCUCCGGUCUUCACCGUCACUGGGAAGACGUCCCGGGGCCUGCCGCCGUUCAGAAUCCCUCGCUUCUCUGAGACCACGCCCAACGGUACUGUUAUCAGCUUUGGAGAGAUCUUAGAGGAUUUUGGCGGAGGACUGGCUGUCAUCCCUUUGAUGGGCCUAUUAGAGAGCAUUGCUAUUGCCAAAGCUUUUGGCAGUCAGAAUGACUAUAGGAUUGAUGCCAACCAGGAACUGUUUGCUAUUGGUCUAACCAACAUCAUGGGGUCCUUUGUCUCAGCCUAUCCUGUCACUGGAAGCUUUGGCAGGACUGCAGUGAACUCCCAGACAGGGGUGUGUACACCAGCUGGGGGCAUAGUCACUGGUGUGAUAGUGCUGCUGUCCCUGGCCUUCCUCAUGCCCGCCUUCUACUACAUCCCCAAGGCCUCCCUGGGCGCGGUCAUCAUCUGCGCCGUCGCUCCGAUGGCUGACUACAGCGUGGUCCUGAAGCUCUGGAGGACACGCAAGCAGGACCUGGUGCCGUUUCUUACGACUUUCCUGUUGAGUUUCUGGGAGGUGCAGUAUGGCAUUGUGGGAGGUGUAAUUGUGUCUGGACUCAUGCUCCUAUACAACAUUGCCCGGCCCAGCAUAAAGGUGUCUGAUCAUGGUGUAUUGGUGAUGGAGCUGGACAGUGGCCUCAGUUUCCCCUCCACAGAGUACCUCAGCAGAGUUCUAUACACACAGGCCUUACAGGCCUCCCCUCCUAAAUCUGUGGUUCUGGCCUGUCACCAUGUCAACACCAUAGACUUUACAGUAGUCAAUGAGCUCAGAAACUUGUCACAGCAGUUCAAACUGCGGAAGGUCGGACUCAUCUUCUCCGGCCUGCAGUCUUCAGUGCUGGAGGUCCUGUUGGCGGCAGACCUGCCGGGACUUAGACACACUGACUGUGUGGAGGCGGCACUAACCAUCCUAUCAAGUAAUACGCUCAGUGACUGACUCUACAACUGGCCAAUCACGGACAAGAACAGGGAUUUAUUUUCAUUGCUGUCCAGAACCAAACUGGGUGCACUGAUGACACUGAAAUACGUGGACAAAUGAGUGACACCCUGACAUCAGAUUGACUGACAUGGAGCUGAACCCAAGAAGAGCAGGGACCAACACUGGCCCCUCCCCCCAACGUUUUGAUUGGCUCAUGUUUUGCACUUUAAAGAUGCUACUGUGUGAUCAGUUUCAUCUUCCUUUCCACACACACACACACACACACACACA